ACAUUCCUGCGCCGCCGGGCCUGCCCCGCGCCAGUCCUGCGCCGUCGCCUCCCGCCGCCCCGCGCCCCGCCGCGAUGAAGGCGGCCCAGGCUGCGAGCGAGGAGGCGCCUCCGGGCGCGCCGUCCGUCAAGGUGGUCCUGGUGGGCGACGGCGGCUGCGGGAAGACGUCGCUGCUGAUGGUCUUCGCCGACGGGGCCUUCCCCGAGAGCUACACCCCCACGGUGUUCGAGCGACUCACUGUUAACCUGCAAAUGAAGGGCAAACCCGUGGACCUCCAAAUCUGGGACACAGCAGGGCAAGUGGACUAUGACCGCCUGCGGCCCCUGUUCUACCCUGACGCCAGCGUCCUGCUCCUCUGCUUCGACAUCACAAGCCCAUACAGUUUUGACAACAUCUCUAACCGGUGGUACCCGGAGGUGAAUCACUUCUGCAAGGAAGUGCCCGUCAUCCUCGUCGGCUGCAAGACUGACCUGCGUAAGGACAAGUCGCUGGUGAAGAAGCUGAGGAAAAAUAAGUUGGAGCCCGUGACUUACCACCGGGGCCAGGAGAUGGCAAGGGCUAUAGGUGCAGUGGCCUACCUCGAGUGCUCGGCUCGGCUGCAUGAAAACAUCCACGCUGUCUUCCAAGAGGCGGCCAGGGUGGCCCUGAGCAGCCGAAGUCGCAACCUCUGGCGGCGGAUUACCCGGAGCUUUUGCAUGGUCACCUGACAGCCUGGGGCCCACCCUUCCCCGACCACUGCUGUAGCACAGGAAGGAGCUGGGCACUGACCUUCUGCACCCUUGGCUGGGCUGGACCCAGGCCCCAGGCUGCGACUGGCAAACUGCAUGUCAAACAGAUGGGCACCACUGAGGCCGGGUCCCCGACCCUGGGCUGGGAUCCCCGGACUGGAGCGAGACCCUACUGAAGCCUGUGGCAGGGGGCUCCUGGGCCCACCAGCCCUGUGGGGAGAUCUAGUCCUGGAGUCCCCUGGAAUCACAGACUCCUGGCUCCCAGCCCUGGACUGCUUAGCCAGGGUCUAUGCAGCCUGGCCCAUCCUGUGGCUGUUCCUGAGGCUGUACCUUUAGGACCUGGGGUUUCUAGGGCCCUCUGGUGAGAAUGCAUACCCUGCCCCUUCUCCCUGCCCAUCCCAGUGGUACCUUUAGCAACUAAAACAACGUCACUUACCAGUUG